UGGCUCAAGCUCCUGCUCCUCUGGCUGGGCCUCCUGCUGCUGGCUGUGGGUGUGCUGGGAACACUGGUGUUCCGGAAGGUGGAUUCCAUCUCCGAGGAGAUCAGCUCAUCCCAGACCUUGUACGAGCAGAAACUCCUCUCCCUGCAGGAGGAUCUCCAGGGAUUGGGUGCGAGGAGCUCCGGGAACGGCUCCUCGGCGCUCCGGGACACGGCGGCGCUGGGCCGGGAGCUCUCGGAGCUGCAGCGGGAGCUGGAGCAGAUCCAGGAGACGCUCCAGGCUCAGGAAAUCCUCCUGGAGCGAACUUCCCGCAGCCACGCCCGCCUCUCCUCCGCCGGCUCCUCCAUGUGGGGCGGCCUGCGGAGCUGCUCCGCAUCCCUGGGCAAUGUCAGCCGGAGCGUGGAGCAGCUGCGGGAGCGGGCGGGGCGGUGCCAGGGGGUCACGGCUCUCCUGCGCGAUUCCCUGCGGGCUCUGGCCCGGCAGCGCUCGCAGGCCGGGGAGGCGGCGGAGCGCCUGAAUUCCAGCGUGGAGCAGAAUUCCCGGCGGCUCCGAGCGCUGCAGGGACAGGCGGGCGAGGCGGCGCUGGCGCUGCGCGGGGCGGUGACCGAGUGGCACAAAGCCACGCGGGAUGCGGGGACGCUCCGCUCUGCUUCGUCCCGCGGCUCCGAGCUGCUCCGCAGCCUGCAGGCCGGGCUGGCAUCGGCGCUGCGGGAAGCAUCCCGGAAUUCCGACGGGAUGCAGGAGCUGGCGCUGCAGCUGCUGGCGCUGCAGCUGCAGCUGGACAACAUCUGCUCGCAGCUGGACGAGCAGCAGGAGAGCGCGCAGGACCUGCGGCACCGCCGCGGCCACGGGCGGAACCGGACCCAGGAGAGGCUCCAGGAGCUGCAAUCCCGGCUGGAAUCGCUGCACUUGGAAUCCCGAGCCAUCCUGGCCAACGUGGGCGCCACGGGCGGGCACGUGCGGGGCAUGCUGCGCUUCCUGGGCGCCGUGCGCUCCUCCUGCGCCCGGGAAUUGCGCGGGCAGGCCGAGGAGAUGCGCGGGAUCGGGAGAUCCCUCGGGAUGCUCCAGGAGGCCACGGAGGAGCUGCGGGAGCGCUCCGGGAUGCUCGGGGCGCGGCUGGAGUUGGGCGUGAGGAACCUGUCGGUGACGGUGCAGGAGAUGAGGGCGGUGGAUGCUCGGCACGGGGAGGUGCUGCGGGACGGCUCCGGGCUCCGAGGCGUUCCGGGGCUGCCGGGACCCCGCGGCCUCGAGGGCGAUGUCGGAUCCAGGGGCGCGCCGGGAGAUCCAGGCCAGAAGGGCGACCUCGGGGAUUUGGGAUCUCCGGGAUCGCCGGGAUCUCCCGGAUCUCCGGGAUCGCCGGGGCCGAGCGGGGAGCGGGGCCCGCCCGGAUCCCGCGGCUUUCCCGGCCCCAAGGGCUCCAAGGGCAGCUUGGGAAUCCCGGGACCCCGCGGUCCCAAGGGCGACCCCGGAAUUCCCGGAAUUCCCGGAGCCGCGGGGCAGCCGGGCCCGGCCGGAGCGCGCGGGGAUCCGGGAAUGGGGACAGAGACAGGGAUUGGGGACAGUGACGGGGACAGCGACAGCGACUGGGGACAGUGA